AUGUUCCAGAUGACCUCCUGCACUAUUCCAGAAGCUCUGAGGGAAUAUUUUGUGCAUAAGGUUAACGAAAGAGAAAAAAAAUAUUAUGAAAAGGAUCGGUUCAGGCCCCUCCUAGCAUGUUUUACAUUAGGAAUUGGAUCGACGAAGACGAAGAAAAGUGAGAUUUUCGAAUAUUUGAUACUAGCUGGAGCAUUUUGCACCGCUCUUGCAAGCAGUCGACAAAUUUUACCUCCCGAUGUCCAGUAGCCAUCUUUUCACUUUAGUGAUAACUAACUUGUCGCUUGAGAUAUCUUUCAAGUUCACUUCGCCUAAAAGAGCGAUUCAUGGCAAACUUGAACAUAUUUGGAGACUCUACAUCGAUUGCAUCGAACGGGCGCCUCAACCAAAAUGGCGUCAACUCGCCAACCGUCGGUUGCAAAAUUAUGGAGGCCUUGUUGGCAAAACGGCUUUGAUUCCAGACGACGACUUUCCUAUGGUGAAAUAAUUUCAGUUUCAAAAAAAUAGUUUUGUCAUGAAAAAAAUUUCAGGAGCUCCGAUAUUUGAUGAAAAAAAUCGACGACCUCGGAGUCUUCCCCAAUCCAGUAAAUCAUGUGUUGGUGAAUGAAGUGGGUGAUCAGAUAUCUGACCAAAAACGAUCAAAUUAAAAACAUAUUCAUAUGUUUCCUGUUUUCAUAUUGAGUAUCUCUACUGAUCCGAUAGGAAAAACUUGAAAAUUUGAGCAAAUAUGAAGGUUUGUAUAAGCGCCACGUUAACGUCAAGGUUUCUGACGGCUAUUUUUCCCUGUUUCAUGCGCUCUCCGGCCAAUCCAAUUUCUUCUUCCAAGUUUAGUACGAGCCGGGCCAAGGAAUUCUUCCACAUGUUGACGGUCCGGCGUUCCAUCGCGUCGUGACGACCGUCACCCUCAAUUCUCACACUCUUCUCGACAUUUAUAAGCCGGUCGACACGGAAGUUAGUCUACCUUUCUCAAUAUUUUGUAGACUUUUUUUUGCGAAAACAAUCAAAAACGUUCAUUUAAUUUCAUAAGAAGACUUCUAACGAAGAAGGCUGAGGUCAAACUUUAUUGGGAAAAAUAAUACAAAUCAAUAAGUUAGUCAGGGUCAUUGCUCACAUGUGAAAGUUGCUCCAGCUCUUUUGGCGUCGAUGCUCCUUCUCGUCUCUGUAA